AUGAACUUUCUUAUCAAGUUGGUAAUUUUCAUAAGCAUUCAAAAUGUUUCAAAAGAAAUUUUUGCCGCCGUAAGUCUGACAUUUUCAGAGCCAACAAAAUUUUCAGAGAAUUCAGAGACUAACCGUUAUCGAGGUGAAGCUCAAUGACAAAUCUUGUACGGCUAGUGGCCUGACCAGUAACACUUUUGACACCUCGUCCAGCGGUAAAUGGAAGGUGGCUGAAAGUUGGGUGCGUUGUCUUUGCGGAAAGUACUCAGAGAAAUGGAUAAACGUUAGAUUUUGCAACGGAACAACAAGCAAAUAAUGGAAUGUGCAGUCGGAAAACUCGGUGUCACCUGUUUGUGUGAUACUGAUCAAGGAUCGUGUUGGGAUUUCAACGAGUUUGAGGUAUUUUGAAGACGUGUUUCAUCGGACAAAACUUGUGUUUCCUAUUAGAACGCUGUUUAUAUGGUGUUUCGUGAUAAUGAGAGCGCUUCUUUGCCUGAAGACAUAAUGAGAAGAGGAGUCGGAGAGGAAGACUGCACUCUGACGGCACUCAACGGAGGUAAUUCUGACGAUGCUGAAUGCGAAAGCACGGAAUAUUCUUCUUUCAGAAUCUGGCCCCUUCUCUACAACAUUGUACACUGCAAAUUCCUUGCCAUCGCUGCAGAAAGGUUUAGUACGGGCUGUGUCGACGUGUAUCGGGAACUGUUUGCCAAUCAGUGAAACGUCGGAGGUUCCUAAAGGUGUCAAGAAAUUUAAAUACAGAGGGCAAAUGCGGAUGACGAUAAAAUUGUCAAAGUUCAACGAAUCUUUAAUCCAUUUCUACUGCCGAACAGCCCAUUGUCCAGGAGGAAAAUCACUGAAAUAUCAGAUGGCCAAAGAGAAGCUUGAUGAGCAGUUUAUCUCGGACCAAGUCUUCUACUCCUGUGAAGCGAAAAGCUCUCCGAAAGUGUGCAGUAUUGCGAACAUCAAGAGGCACAUUCGAAAACAUUUGAAGAUUCUUUCCAACAACCACAUACCGGAUUUGGUGGGUUGGGAAUUGGACAUGAAUUCAGUGAAAGGACGUGCGAUGUGGGUUCCCAAAACUCCUGGCGAAAAUCAAUCUCGGAGCAUCGGAGGAGUGAUUCUCAUGUGGAUUGUCGCUUUUCUCUUACUGCUCUUCCUCAGUGUUAUUUUGAGAAGGGUAUCGCAGUACGGUACGCUUGGCAAACAUUUUUUCAUUCGUAGCCACUUUCUUUAGAAUUGCUCGAACACCGAAAAUCACUGAACCCAAGUUUUUUCAAGCUGAGGGAUGCGGAAAAAGUGAUUUCAAAAGCGUUCAAAAAAGGGAAAGGAAGCGCCGAGGAGACGUCAGCGAUGCUCGAAGCAGUGGAAUGGUGGAAGAAUGCACAGGAAGAGGAGCAGAAGCGAGACAAAGCACGGCAAGGAAUUGUUCAUCGGUCCGGGUUCCUGCCCACGCCGCUUGACCACCCCGAACUGGGCUCUCCCAGAUUGAGCAAAGAUCCGUUGGGCUCUCCUCCCAAACUAAGCAAAGAUCAUCCGGGCUCUCCUCCAAGAGUUCCGCCGGCGUUGAGUCUUCAGAAAACACAGGAAGAAGCUUCGGUGAGUGAGUUCGGAAAACGACAGAAGUGAACCAUUUCACUUGAAGAACGCAAAGGUGACGGUAAAAGCGAGUCCGUCAUUGCAGAGUACACAGACGGCAACAGCAGCAAAAGGACAGGUAAACCUUGAGAUAAAAAGAAGACAUGUGCGAGUAUAUCUUCCAGAUCCCGGUCGGUUUCCAGUACAAAAAUCGCCUAAAGUAG